AUGUCUACAUACGCCCUGCCCAAGUCUCACCAGGACCUCAUGGAGAAGUCCUUGGUAGAGACUGACCAGGAGGUCGCUCAGAUCAUGGAGAAAGAAAUCCAACGCCAGCGCGAAUCCAUUCUCCUCAUCGCCUCUGAGAACGUCACCUCGCGCGCCGUCUUCGAUGCCCUGGGCUCCCCCAUGUCGAACAAGUACUCCGAGGGCUACCCCGGUGCCCGUUACUACGGUGGCAACGAGCACAUUGACUCGAUUGAGCUUUUGUGCCAGGAGCGUGCGCUCAAGACAUUCGGCCUCGACCCGGAGCAGUGGGGUGUCAAUGUUCAGUGCUUGAGUGGUAGCCCGGCCAAUUUGCAGGCGUACCAGGCGAUUAUGCGUCCGCAUGAUCGGUUGAUGGGAUUGGACCUGCCGCACGGUGGGCAUUUGAGCCACGGGUACCAGACUCCCCAAAGGAAAAUCUCCGCAGUAUCAACCUACUUCGAGACCUUCCCCUACCGCGUCAACCUCGACACUGGCCUGAUUGACUACGACCAACUCGAGCAAAACGCCCUCAUGUACCGCCCCAAAGUUCUCGUCGCCGGCACCUCUGCCUAUUGCCGCGAAAUCGAUUAUGCUCGCAUGCGGCAAAUCGCCGACAAAGUAGGCUGCUACCUGCUCAUGGACAUGGCGCACAUUUCCGGGCUCAUUGCCGCCGGUGUCAACAAGUCGCCCUUCCCCUACUGCGACAUUGUCACCACCACGACCCACAAGUCACUGCGCGGUCCCCGCGGCGCCAUGAUCUUCUUCCGCAAAGGCGUCCGCAAAACCGACCCCAAGACGGGCGCGCAAACCCUCUACGACCUCGAAGGCCCCAUCAACUUCUCCGUCUUCCCCGGCCACCAAGGCGGGCCCCACAACCACACCAUCACGGCCCUGGCCGUGGCCCUCAAGCAAGCCCAAUCCUACGACUUCAAACUCUACCAGCAACAGGUGAUUAAAAACGCAAAGGCGCUCGAGGUCGCCUUCAAGGAAAUGUCGUACAAGCUCGUCACAAACGGCACAGACAACCACAUGGUCCUCCUCGACCUCAAGCCCUUCAGCCUCGACGGCGCCCGCCUCGAAGCCGUGCUCGAACAAGUCAACAUCGCCUGCAACAAGAACACGACGCCCGGCGAUAAAUCCGCCCUCACCCCAAUGGGCAUUCGCAUCGGUGCGCCCGCCAUGACGAGCCGCGGUCUGGGCGAGGAGGACUUCAAGCGCAUUGCCUCGUACAUUGAUCGUUGUGUCAAGCUCUGCCAGCGGAUCCAGGCGGAAUUGCCCAAGGAGGCGAACAAGUUGAAGGAUUUCAAGGACAAGGUCAAGUCGGGCCAGGUGCAGGAGAUUGCAGACUUGAAGAAGGAAAUUGCCGCCUGGGCUGUUACCUUUCCUCUGCCGAUUUAG